UAAAACAUAACCACAGCUUUCUUUCCAACUUGGGACCUGUAGGAUGGCUCCCGCAAAGAAGGGUGGCGAGAAGAAGAAGGGCCGGUCCGCCAUCAACGAGGUGGUGACUCGAGAAUACACUAUCAAUAUUCACAAGCACAUCCAUGGAGUGGGCUUCAAGAAGCGUGCCCCUCGGGCACUCAAAGAGAUCCGGAAAUUUGCCAUGAAAGAGAUGGGAACUCCAGAUGUGCGCAUUGAUACCAGGCUUAACAAAGCUGUCUGGGCCAAAGGCAUAAGGAAUGUCCCAUACCGUAUCCAUGUGCGGUUAUCCAGAAAACGCAAUGAAGAUGAAGAUUCACCAAACAAGCUCUAUACUUUGGUUACCUAUGUACCUGUUACUACUUUCAAAAAUCUACAGACAGUCAACGUGGAUGAGAACUAACUGGUGAUUGUCAGACAUACCAAAUAAAAUUAUAAAAUGACAAAAAAAAAAAAAAA